UUCAAUCAUUGUAAGGAUAAAUUAUGGAGAAUUUAUAAAACGCGGCAGUUAAAUAAAGUUGUUGUGAAGAUGAUUGUCCCUGUCAAAAGUGGCCAUUAAGAUGCUGUCAUAAAAUCUGAUCAGAAUGCUGAGCUUUAGUGUGAAAAACGAACGUUAUAGGAACUGUUUACAAAUUUCUCUGAUUGUUUUAAUUUUAUAAAAGCAGAACGCAAGAAACCUUUUACGGAAUUGUACAUGAAUUCAGAACGACAAUUCCUCUUCUUGAUUCGUAUUUUGUCAACUGGAGUUUAUAAGCUUCAUUGAACAGUUAUCUGCAAUACAGUUCUAAUCUAGCAUUAUUAUAUAUUAGCAUUAUCCGUUAACUGUGAACGCUAUAAAAUGGCUUUAUAUAAAGUGGUUGUUUUCGUUCUCGCCAAUCAAAUACUAACUCUGAGAGCAAACAGUCGGCACAUGGAUGGAGCGUCUGUGAACGAAAAUCUACACGUGUUUGAAGACAUCACGGAUGAUACUACAUACACAGAUUGGUUAGAUUUAAUGACAUGGAAGAAGGAUGCAGUACGUAAGCAUAGGGUGGGACCUGAAACACCAUACUACUGCUUCAUAUGUACUUGCUCACAAGAUAAUGAGCGUCUUUACGUGGAUUGCACUGAUAAAGGUCUCAAAAAUGCGUUCGAUGAUGUUAGUCGAAAAACUGUUGUCCUUAAUUACACAAGGAAUAAUAUUUAAGAUGUCACCUAUGGCAAUUUUCGUGGAUUGACACUAUUGAAAGUCCUGAAGCUGUCAUAUAAUAAAAUAUGGCAAAUAGCCAAAGAUGCAUUUAGGGACCUUACAAAUCUUACAGAUUUAUAUAUAGACAAUAACAAUAUGAUUACGUUGCAAACAGGUAUUCCUGAAGGAACAUUUGAUUCUUUGAUAAAUCUUCGUAUGCUUGUCAUGCAUGGAAAUGUGUAUAUAGGCGAUGCUUCCACGCUUAACGGGAGCACAUUUCAGCCAUUGAAAAAAUUAGAGUUUCUUGUCAUCGACGGAUUCAGAAAUAUGACAUUUGAUUACCAUUUUCUUAAUACGCGUUUGUCAAUCUUAAUACUAAAAUGCAAGUGUUUUGGGUGUGCAUUAAACAUUGUAGAUGAUGGUAUAUUUGAUGGUUUGCUGCAUCUUCAAAUUCUCUCCAUGAGGCAUUGUCAUAUAUCAUCACUUUCGCCGGUAGCUCUUGCACGUCUGAAAUCAUUGCGAUACCUGGAUAUUUCAAAGAAUGAUCACUUGGGAAUGCAGCACGUGUUAGGUCCUGUUGCGAAAGCUUUAAUGGACAGUAAUAUUAAAAUACUUGUAAUGAACUUAGUAUCAAACCCUUAUGAGGCAGUUAAUAGAUUAGAUAAUGAAAAUUUGUUUUACAUUAAUCAGCUAAAUUUAACGGAAUUGCAUAUGGAUUCAAACUCUAUUGGAAUAAUAGAUCAUAACAAACCACUUUUUUCGAGAUAUUUCACUCUCAAAGUGUUGAGUUUAAAACGAAACGUUCUUUCAUAUGGUUUAUUUGUCGAUUCACUUGUACAGACUAAUCCUAGUAUUGAAGUUCUAGAUUUUGGAAAUCAAUUUUGGUUUAAGAAUAUUGUAAAUUUCCCUGUAGAAAAAACCCGUCGCAGAACGAUAGAAUAUUUAAAUGUUUCCAAUUUAAACCUAAAGAAAUUUAUAUUUACCGGCUCGAAAUCUCAUGUAAAUGUUUUAAACUUUGAAUACUUUGAAAAUGUUAUAGAAUAUAUUGACAUUUCCUGUAAUUAUCUGAACAAAGAAUUGAAACUGCCAUAUUUAUUGUCUUUGACGUUUCUUAAUAUAUCGAGCAACUUGAUUGAAACAUUGUCAGAAUCAGUAUUUAGAGGUACGCCAUCUUUACAAUACCUGGAAAUACGAGAUAAUAUCCUUGGUUUCGAAUUAGGAUCUGACAAAGCAGUCAAUAUUUUUGUACCUCUAAAACAUCUAAAAACCAUAAAUUUGUCAAAGAAUAGAAUUUACAGUUUAACAAGUUCGCUUUUCUCCCAAUGCGUCAGUUUACAAAAUAUCGGUCUUUCAGAAAAUUACCUUGACAUCUUUGACCUUAAUUUACAUAAUUUACGCAAUUUAUCAGUCCUGAAUCUGAGAAAUAAUCGUCUUCAAACUUUAUCUGAACCCGUUCGAGUAUAUCUGUCUGACAUGACAUCGGCACAUGCAGUAAUUGUUAACUUGCAGGACAAUAAAUUGGCAGGUAAUUGCGAUAACAUCGAAUUCUUGAGAUGGCUGGUAACAACAAAUGUUUCUUUAACAGGAAAACACUUUUAUAAUUGUUACUAUAAUAAUGCUAGUAUAUCUCGCAUUGAGUCCAGUACAACUGACGCUCUAGUCACUCAGUGCUAUACUUAUUUAUCCUUAAUUACAUCACUUACAGCAAUUAUCUCAGUCUUUGUCGUCAUCAAUAUUUCGGCAAUUAUAUUUAGGUACCGCUGGCAUAUUGUCUAUUGGUACUACAAUGUCGUGAAACGUCGAGAUACUAAUAUGGAUGCACGACACGACAUGUUUCAGUAUGAUGCAUAUUUAGCCUAUGACGAUCAUGAGACCAGUUUAGUUGUAAGGACUAUACACACAAAGCUUGAAGUUGAAUCCAACCUGCGGCUUAAUAUUCGAGACCGCGCCUUUCCACUUGGUGAUAUCAAUGCUCUGAAUAUCGUCGAAGCAAUCAGCUCGAGCAGAAAAACAAUUUUGCUUCUUAGCAGACAUUUUCUUAAGAACAAAUGGUGUCGGUUUGAAAUAAACAUUGCUAUCAUUGAAGCCAUUACCGCGAAUCGACCGGUUACUGUAAUUGUGUACGUGGAAGAUAUUCCAGUUCGCUUUCUACCGAAGGAAGUAAGUAAACUUCUGCAAGAUUCACCGGUUUUCGAUUUUCCAAAUGACACAGAUGCUUCCCCAAACGCUUUUUGGAACAGAUUGAAAGACUGCAUUAGCCGGUGAGGAAAAGGCGUAUAUUUGUGUAUACGAAUGUUUAUUGUACUAACAACAAAUGAACAUACAUGUAAACACACAUGUUUUGACAAGGGCAAUGUUUGUAGUCAUAUUGGUUUUUUUAACUGUUCGUUGUCACUAGUUUGUGUGUUUUGUUAUCAAAACAAUAAGCAAAUUUUAUUGUAUAAGAAUGGUUUUAUUAGAAUAUUAAACUACAUUAUUCCACUGAUGUUAUAUUAUGUUCAAAUCAAGUGGACUUUCUAAUAAAUUAUUGACCGUCUUGCAGUCACAUAUUUCAUAAAACAACACAAAACGAACGAAAAGUGUACAUGAUGAUUCUGAUAACAUAAUUAUUAGUAAAUGUGCAAUAAACACAUUUAGCAUUACUUAAUCAUGGAUGAUAACUUCAUUGUAUGUUUUAAUUCUUACAUUUUACGAGAUCACUGAUCCUGUAAGCGUGCUAGCCUAUUCAGUGCAUAUGCGCUUAGAAGAGUGUUUUAUAUGCUCGAUCAAUUCAUGGAAGAAUGAAAUUGUAUUGAUUGUUAACUGGAUUUUCCUGUUGAUUAUACAAUGUUGUUUUUAAUGUUCUGGUUAUUUUUUGUUUUUAUAAAAUAGAAAAUAUGUAUUGUAUUAUGUAUAAUAUUUAAAUACUUCAGUUUUAUAAUAUUUCCCAUAUUGAUUAAAAAUAAACUUCAUGAUGACUAUUGUAUCUUUUAUAAAACAUUAAGAUUGCAAAUUUAAAAUCAUGUUCACUACAAAUGCCUAUUUUCCUGUAUUUUCUGUUAAACAUCUUGGGUUACUUUAGUCCGAGAAUUACUGACAUCAAUGGGCUUCUACGAAAUACGGAGUUCCCAAGGAGUUGGUCAUAUUGAUGUUUUUAUGUAUGUUUUAAGCAACAACUUCAUGAUAGUUAUAUCCAGUUAUGACAUUAUCUUCUGGAUAACUCGACCCGAGCAACUGUUUUUCGGGAGGUAGUCGACUUUGAUUUUCAAACAUUUCUUAAAUGUAUAAAUGUUCAAAAGUUUAGGAUUGCUGUCACUAGGUUAUUUGUUUUUUCUCAUCAUCUUCAAGUUGAGUCUGGAAGGUGGAAUAGUCUAAGACGUAUCCCAUAGGAGAUAGAACAUGUAAUGUUUGUGAUAAGCUUGAAGACGAGUUUCACUUUAUUUUAGAAUGUUUAUAAUAUCAUGAUUUACGCAAACAAUACAUCCAAAAAUAUGUUUGGUGUAGACCAAGUAUGUUUAAAUUAAAGCAUCUGUUUGAAAGCAAACAUGAAAUUGUACUUCGGCGUCUAAGCAUGUUUAUAUUUAAAUGUUUUGAAAUCAGAAAAUCUGUAAAUGAUACAUAAUUUGUAACAGACACCCAACGUCUCUUUUGAUAGAAAGCUCAUUGUAUAUAGUCAUAUUUGUUUUGUAUUUCGUCUCUACCGAUAGAUAUUGUAAAAAUGCUAUUUGUUCUUGUAUAUUGCGUCAUCUAUGAGACAAAUGAUUGUAAUAUGUAACUAUCAUAUGAGUGUGCACAUAUGGAUUGCGUCUCUUCUGUAAUAUUGAAUUUGUGUAAUAUAGUGGCGAAUGCUCUUUUUUCUCAUGUCUCUAACACUGUAAUUUAAUGAUAUGAUUUCUCGUACACCAAGUCUCUACUAAUAAUUUAUUGAUAACUAUUUAACACAACUACUGAAAUAUCAUUAUAUGUGUACUUUUGUAACACAUGUGUUUAUUGACAGAUCAUUGUGUCUCUUUAAAAAACCCAUUAGAAUAAUGAAAUGUGUUCAUGUAUGUUGCGUAUCUUUUAGGCAACUUUGAAACAAAUCAUUAAAUUAUCAAUAUAAUUAUGUUUUUAAAAAAUUACGAUUAUAAAUAAUAAAUGUAUAAAGAUUCGGAUAUAUACGAGAAGCAAAUCAUUGUACUAUAUAAUAAAUUAUGUCUUAUUUGUAUAUGGCCGUUUUUGUGUUGACAUAAGUUAAACGAACAGAGAUAAAGAGCCCACAAGACAAACAAAUGUAUAAUAAUAUACACCUUCUCCGCAUAUUUGCGUUUUUUUCCAAUAAACCCCCUUUUGCCUCUGCUCGUAUUAUUAAUCGUCAUCUUUGUUAUAUUUAAUUAAUUAGCAAAGCUCUUUCCUAUAAAUGUAUUGGUACCUGAUUUAUUUCAUUACAACAUUUUCAUUUUAAAUUAGUCACGGGCCUUUCUAUUACUGUUUUUGUCAGAUCUCUAUGUCCACAUGGGCCUAUGGCCUACUGAUUCUUAAUAAAAUAUUCUGCUUCCUGUCUAUUCCACGGGUUGAA